AUGAGCAUGAUGGGUGAGCUAAAUUACUUUCUUGGACUGCAAGUCAAACAAUCGAAGGAAGGUAUAUUCAUUAAUCAAGCCAAAUACACAAGAGAUCUUAUCAAGAAAUUUGGCUUAGAAGGAAAAAGUUCAGUCAAAAUUCCAAUGAGCACAUCUCUCAAACUAGACAAGAAUGAAGAAGGCAAAGAUGUUGAUCAAACGAAGUAUCGAGAAAUGAUUGGAUCUUUGAUAUACCUCAUUGCAAGUAGACCCGACAUAUCUUAUUCAUUAGAUGUAUGUGCGAGAUUCCAAUCACAGCCCAAAGAGAGUCAUUUUCUUGCGACCAAGAAAAUUAUUCGUUACCUCAAAAGCACUAUCAACGUUGGACUAUGGUAUCCAAAAGAAGGUAACUUUGAACUAACAGGAUUUUCAGAUGCAGACUUUGCAGGUUGCAAAAUUGAUAGAAAAAGUACUUCAGGGACGUAUCAGUUCUUAGGGGGAAGCUGUCUUGAGUAG